UCCCCCUCAUAUUCCUCUUUAUCUUGUCGUAGAAAAUCUAUUAAAAAAAAAAAAAAUCCAAUAGAUUGAUGUUAUACCCCCUCUCUACGGUUAUAGAAUGAGCCACGAUUAUUAACUCCCGUGGGGACCUUUUAGUCAUUUUGACAUGUUCCUCGGCCCACCUCCAUCUCCACCGCACAAACCUCCUCCCAACCGCCGUAACAACCUCCUCCAACCUCCAAACGCAACCGUCUCCUCCGCCCUCCCCGACCUCUUCCUCGCAACCGUCUCUCUCCUCUUCCUCUGGUCUUCCCCCAAACCUCUCCCUCCCAACAGACUCUCCUUCCCUCUCACUCCUCGCCGCCGCUCCACCACCAUGUCUCCUCCUCCUCCGAAGCGUUUCGCAAACGCUCAGUCUCUCUCCGAGUGGCUCGAGCCGAGACUACCGUCCGACUCGUUCGCCGCGUGGGGAGUCAAACCGGGGACGAAGAACGUCCACAACCUCUGGCUCGAGCUCUCCGACGGAGAGACUUCUCUCGCGGAUUCGACUCCUCCCGUACGCACCGUCAACGUCGUAACGGUGCGUGUGAUCGGAGACAACGGGAACAUCCUCGUGGAGUCUCACCAGGAGUUGUCCGACGGGAGCGUGCGUGAGAGGUUUCGUCCUUUGUCGGAGAAGAUGAAGCCUGGCGAAAGUACAGACGAAGCGGUGUUUCGUGCUGUUAAAGAAGAGCUUGGUUCUGUCUUUAAGGGCGAAAACGACGUCGGAGAGAGGGUUGAGAUUGUUCCCGGGACGUAUAGUAGGAGAGUGGAGGAGAGGAACUCGGUUUCGUAUCCGGGGUUACCCGCGCGUUACGCGUUGCAUUCGGUUGAUGCGACGGUGCGGGGGUUGCCGGAGGAAGAUUUCUGUACGGAGGAGAGAGAGUAUGGUGGAGAGUUGGCGGAAGCUGUCGGAAAAGCUGUGACGGUGAAGCGGCAUUAUUGGAAGUGGGUUAGUCCCAGUUCGGUUCGGUCCUAAAAAAAUUCACAACAGCUUUUCACUUUAGAUUCCUUUUGUGGUCUUUAUUACAGUGAUUUAUCAUUAGUCACAUGAAUAAUCAAGAGCAAUGUAAAACAUACCUUUAUAGUGUUUUCAUAUUAAGUAGUAUAUAAAUAACACAUUAGAUCUCAGUUUAAUCUUCUUAGGUUGGCUUUGUUUGUUGUAAAUAAUGGUGUAAGUUGGCUACUAUUAGAAGCUCUGAUCUUUCUUCUUCAGUUUUAUUGGUUUGUGCUCAAACACUUCUUUAAUAUAGUUAGGUCAAUCUUUAUAUAACUCUAGUUGCAAGUUACAGAAAGUACAUAGAAGUAUUGAUCAGAGCAUGAAAUACUCAUUCUUCUUUUGUGUGUACUAUAUCCACCAUGAUGUAGUUACAUAUCUAA